AUCCAGGACACUAGCCGGGCGAAGGGCGCUGUAUAAAUGCAAGUUGUUGUUGUUUUGGCUUAUUUUUGAAAACUGAAUAAAUGGAAUAGAUACUUUUCUGCCUGGAAGUAUUUAAACACAUUCUCUUCUAUUCUUUAGAAACAAAGGGUUAAAAGUUGUUGAUGAUUGCAGCUGCUUUUUUGUUUAGAAAGCUCUCAUUAGGUCAACAUUUGAACCUGUCAUAUUUGAAGGUUUGCCCAAGUAUUGGUUUAGGGACUGAAGGGGAUAUAAACAGCGUACGCGCGGCCCCUUUAAGAGUGCGGCGUCAUCACGCGGCCCCUUUAAUUGUGCGGCGUCAUCACGAAGGCGCGUCCCUCUUAAGUGGGACGUCAUCACAGAGGCGCGAGCAAGAUGUCAGAGAGCCGAUCCCGCGGGCGAUCCUUGCAACAACCGCCAUCGCCGCCCACCUCCUCCUGCACCUCCAACAGCGUGGCCGCCCGCGGCCGCACAAAUUCCAUCGUCUCCGAGUGCACCGAGGACGAGGAGGGAAGCGACGCCAUUAUGUACGGCGCCCGCGAUGACGACCCGAGCGGCCGGCGGGUCCUCAGGCUCCAGUACCGUGAGCUCAUCAACACCGUGCAGCAGAAUCGUGAGGACAUGAUCAGACCUAGUAGUAACAAAUUGACAGAAGCGCUGGAGGAAGCGAAUAAACUGUUCUCCAAUGUCCGACAGACGCGAGAAGCGGCGCUGGAUGCCCAGUUUCUAGUCCUUGCCACAAAUCUUGGACAAGAAAAGGCUAAUCAGCUACACACAGACAUGAUGGUGUUUGAUCCAUCAGUUUUUACAGAACAGCUGUUGACAUUCAUGGGUCUGAACCGCUUGGAGGCUGGAGAGAGUGAUGAGGAUGAGGCUGCUGGAUGGCUUCCUAAAGAUGCCUGGACUAAACUUGGAAAAGAAACUGAAAAAUAUUUAAAAAGAGCUCCAACCUUUCAUUACAUGCUGGGAUCUUUCAAAGCUGAACCUCCAGCUCCACGACAGAAAAUUGAGAGGCAGAAAAGGGUCCCAAAUCAGGAAGAACGCAGAAUAAUGCCCACACAGCUGAAGAAAAUGGAUGAGUGUCACCAAGAAGCCACUGAAAAAGAAGUGGAGAGGAUCUUGGGGCUUUUGCAACAGUACUUUAAAGCUGAGCCUGAAACUCCCAUCAAUUUUUUUGAUUUUGUGAUUGAUCCACACUCCUUUCCACGGACUGUGGAGAAUAUAUUCCACGUAUCCUUCAUUGUCAGGGAUGGUUUUGCUGCACUUAAACUUGACCAGGACAAACUCCCAAUCAUUGAGCCUGUAAGUGAAAGUAUGGACAACGAUGGACCACAGCACCAAAGGCAACAGAUGGUUAUUUCCCUGAGUCCACAGGAGUGGAGGGAUAUAAUUGAUACAUUUGAAAUAACAGAAGCCAUGAUACCAGGAAUACAGCAUAAGGAGUAACAAACCACCUUGAUAUGUGCCUUAUAAGAAAUUCAAACUGGAAGAUGCGAUGGCUUUCCUGAAAUAAUUUGACUUGAAGGAACUUUUUGUAAAGUGUAUGAGCCAACAUCAUACAAUAAUGUAAUGAAUUCUAAUGUUUUAAGUGCUCUGGGAUGCUACCCUGUGUGGAGGGUGCUAUGUAAAUGCAAGUUGUUGUUCUUGUUUAUCUGUUUUGGCUUAUUUUUGAAAAUUGAUUAAAAGGAAUAGAUAAUUUUCUGCCUGGAAGUAUGUAAACAUAUUCCCUUCUAUUUUUUAGAAAUAAAAGAUUAAAAGUCGUUGAUUGUA